CAAGAACUUCUAUAGCUAUACAUGUGGAGUUCAACUCAUGAAGUUAUUACAUAAGUACAUUGAUUACAAAAACAGAAAUGGUCGCAUGACCUUCAUCCCUGAGGAAGGGGAAGAUCUGUGGCACGUGUACAAUCUUAUAGCAGCUGGAGAUGUGGUGCGGUGCACUACUCUGAGAAAAGUAGUCACUGAGAGUGCAACAGGUUCUACAAAUGCUAGAAAGAUUAAAACCAAUCUUACCAUUCGAGUUGAAAACAUUUCUUACGAUGUUGAAGCAAUGUCUCUUGCCCUCAAGGGCCGAAAUAUAGAGGAAAACCAAUAUGUAAAACUUGGAGCAUACCACACACUUGACUUGGAACUACAGAGGAAAUUUACACUGACAAAAGAAUACUGGGAUGCUAUAGCAUUGGAGCGAGUAGAUGAAGCAUGUGAUUCAGGGAAAACAGCAGACCUAGCAGCUGUGGUGUUACAGGAAGGAUUAGCACAUGUAUGUCUGGUCAGACAAUCUAUGACUAUAACUAAAGCUAAAAUUGAACUUCCAAUACCUCGUAAGAGGAGGGGGAGUUGUACUAACCACGAUAAGGCCAUGCUUAGAUUCUUUGACACAGUUGGAAAUUCAAUGGUGCGCCAUCUGGACUUCUCGAUAGUUAAAUGUAUUCUAGUAGCCAGUCCUGGAUUCGUAAAGGAGAAGUUAAUGGAAUAUAUAUUGUCAACGGAAAGAUCAGAGUUUAAGCCACUCCAGGAGAAUAAAAGUAUAUUUGUGUUUUGUCACUCCUCCUCUGGCCACAAACACGCAGUCUCCGAGAUUCUCUCAGAUCCCAACAUUACAUCAAGACUCACUGAUACAAAAGCAGCUGGUGAAGUCAAAGCUCUCGGUGAUUUUUACACCAUGCUAAAAAACGAGCCCGCAAGAGCCUUUUACGGUCCAGCACAGUGUAUAGCAGCAAGUGCACAGGAGGCAAUAGAUGCUCUUAUGGUUACAGAUAGUUUGUUUAGGUCUUCAGAUUUAGCCGAGAGGAAAAAGUAUGUUAAACUAGUUGAAGAUGUGAAAGGAUAUGGUGGCACCGUUCACAUAUUCAGUUCGUUACAUACAUCUGGAGAAAAGUUAGCUUUAUUAAGUGGAGUAGCUGCACUGUUAAGGUUCCCAAUGCCGGAACUAGAAGACAUGGCGGUGGACUCAGAUUCUGACAGCGAUUAGGACUAUCAUCAUCAUGGGUUCUUUUUCAAUUUUUUGACUGUACUUUAAGAGUCUAGGGUGUAAUUAUUUUAUAUGGGACUAAUUUUUCGAUCGAAAAAUAAUCUGCAUUUAUAUAUGUACCUCUAGUAAAGUGAAAUAUUGUGGUAGUACAGCAUGAAUCUAUUUUCGGCCAAAUUUUCAAGUUGUUAGAAUUCCGUUCUUUUCACCCUUUUCGUGACCAAAAAUUUUGGACUCAUGAAGAUGUAAAAAUAAUUUCAAUUUCCAAACUUAUUAUGACUUUAUCGCCGUAUUAUAAUCCAUCCUUAUUGUUUCUAACUUAAAAGAGUUUAGCAGUUAUAAAAUGUUUUAACUGUUCCAAGUAUAAUGGGUUUUAUUCAGUAGGAUCUUUAACUUUUCGAUGUGGUUUUAGGCUCAAAUACUGAUUAACAUCCCGACGCGACGCUUGUGGGCUGUAUAGGUUUUAAUUAAUUUAUUUAGAAUGUUUUGCAUUUAUUACAUCAUGUUAUAUUUGUUUUUUUAGACUGAAUAUUUUUUGAGUGUGGUGACUUAGGUGCUAAACCAGAUAAAACUAGAUCAUAAAUCACGAUUCUAAAUACGGUUUAACAAUGAUUCAAAAAAGGUCCU